AUGAUACAUGGACCUUGUGGUGAAAUGAAUCCAAACAACAUUUGCAUGAAGAAUGGAAAAUGCAAAAAUCAUUAUCCCAAAAAUUUUGAACCUAUAACAAGAUCUUCCAAAGACUCAUACCCAAUAUACAAGCGUCGUGCUGAUGGUAAUCAAGUGAAAAUCAGAGGGCAAAUUUUGGAUAACCGUUGGGUAGUUCCGUACAAUCCAUAUCUUCUUGCCAAAUAUGAUUGCCACAUUAAUGUGGAAAUUUGUUCAACAAUCAAAGCUGUCAAAUAUUUGUACAAGUAUAUUUACAAAGGCCAUGAUAAAAUUGCAUUCCAUAUUGUUCAAGAAAAUCAAUCAGAAAUCAUAGAUGAAAUCCAACAAUUUCAGUCCGCAAGAUGGAUUUCACCUCCAGAGGCAAUGUGGAGAAUUUAUGCAUUCUCUUUGAAUGACAUAUACCCAUCAGUAAUCCAUCUUCAAAUCCACCUUGAACACCAACAAUUUGUUACUUUCAAUCCUUCAGAUGACCUAAAUUCUGUGUUAAAUGAUCCCAUCCGUUCGAAAACAAUGUUGACUGAAUUCUUUUUGAUGAACAAGUCAAAUGAGAAGGCGAAGCUUGGAAAAUAUUUAUAUAAGGAAUUCCCUGAACAUUUUGUUUGGUGGCAACAAGAUAGAAUGUGGACUGAGCGAAAAAAGGGCAAUGUUAUUGGGCGCAUUGUCACAGCACAAUUUGCACAAAGUGAAAGAUAUUACCUUAGGUUACUUCUAAACAACAUCAGAGAGCCUACAUCAUUUGAAUCCUUGAGAACCAUAAAUGGAAGAAAAGCAAAAACUUUUCGAGAAGCUGCCCUUCUCUAUGGUCUUUUACAAUCAGACAACAAUCUUGAACAAUGCUUGGAGGAAGCAAUCUCUUACCAAAUGCCUUACUCUCUAAGAAGAUUGUUUGCAACCAUUCUCACUCAUUGUGCUCCUAAUAAUCCAAAGCAGUUGUGGGAAAAAUUCAAAGACUACAUGGCAGAGGAUUAUGCCAAAACAACAAAUCUUUCAAAACAAGAAAUUUUCAAAAAAGUUCUACAGAGCAUCAAUUCAACUCUUCAAUCAAUGGGCAAAGCUAUCAAAGAUUUCAAUAUUUGCUCUGACAACAUGCUCUCAUCUGAUAAUCAAGAGACUUGUCGUGAAAUUGAAGAAGAAAUGAAUAUUGUUGUUUCUGAAGCUGAUUACCAGUCUAUCUCUCUAUUAUCCUCGGAACAAAAAGUAGCAUUUGACAAAAUCUUAAAUAGGGUCUUCUCAGGAAAUCAAGGGUGUUUUUUCAUAGAUGGUCCUGGAGGCACUGGUAAGACCUUUUUAUACAAGGCAUUGUUGGCAGCAAUUAGAUCCAAGAACUACAUUGCUCUUGCAACAGCAACAUCUGGAGUAGCAGCUUCUAUUCUCCCAGGAGACCGCACAGCCCAUUCUCGUUUCAAAAUACCUAUAGAUGUUGAUACAUAUAAAUCUUGCAACAUAGGUAAACAAACUGGGCUUGCAAAUCUUUUGAGAACUGCAAAACUAAUCAUUUGGGAUGAGGCACCUAUGGCCAAGAGGCAAAACAUUGAGGCAUUAAAUGAUAUGCUGAAGGAUAUCAAUGAGUCAGAGUUACUCUUUGGAGGCAAAGUUGUAGUUUUGGGUGGUGAUUUUUGA